AUGCUUUUCUUAUUCAUUCUUAUUUUGUUUCAGACCGUUGCAAUUCUGGCCUUUACAGAUAUCGGCACCUCUUUAAACCCAGUUUACAAUGAAAAUACAAUUCCAAACCAUACCCACGGGGCCCUAAAAAAACGGGGUUAUAUUACCCGCAGCUCCGGAUGUUCAAAUGCGCAGGCCUCCGAAAUUUAUGCCGCGCUGGAGAGUUGUGCCCUGCUCGCCUCUUUGGGUUAUCACACCGUUAAAAGCGACAAUCGGUUAUUUGAAUUAAUAUUUAAAACUAACCGCACUAAUAUUCAAAACCUUGUUCAGAACAAUUUCAACGAAAUCUACAGGGAAUGUAGUAGAACAUCGGACGAACUAUCUAUAACCUGCGGGGAUAUAAGUGACGGGUGGUGCGUCGAAAAUGGUGUUUACAGUCUGGGCUAUGCAAGAAUAGCAUUUAAACAAAUUGUUAUAUGCCCCCGUUUUUUCAAUCACCCCGCAAAAAGCAAAAAGAUUACUGCAGUUAACCAAGAUACAGUUAUAUUGCAUGAAGUAGCGCAUAUAGUUUUAAAUGCGCAUGUAGAUUAUGGUUACGAAUGGGAGGGAAUUCAGAAACUGGAUAGCACAAAAAGUAUCAAAAAUCCCGACAGCUAUGCUAUUUUUGCACAAUGUGCACGCUAUAAGUCCUGUUAA